AUGAAAGUCUUACCAGAUAUACAAACAAUUGAGGCUUAUCCUAUGACAGUAGCUGGAAAACAAAACAGAUCUUUUAGUGCAAAAUAUUUAAAAGAAUACUCUUGGCUCGAGUACAGCUUAGAAAAAAAUGCUGCAUUUUGUUUUUGCUGCCGAAAUUUUGGUUGCGGUGAUGUUGAUAAAGUAUUUACAAAAACUGGCUUUACAAAUUGGAAAAAGAUGGGAGGUGCAAAUUCAAACAUUUCAAAACUAAAAGCACAUGCUGCUACUAAAGAGCAUAUGUUAAAUAUUUCUAGAAUGUCAGGUUACAAGAAUAGUGUGGUUGCUGGAUGUGUUAGUUCUCAAAUAUCAAUUGCUCAUCAACAAUUUGUUGAAAAUAAUAGGAAUUAUUUAAAAAAACUUAUUAACAUUGCACUGUUUUUGUCUCGCCAAGGGAUUGCGUUUCGUGGACACAAAGAAGACACAAACUCACCUAAUCAAGGAAAUUUUAUUGAAAUGUGUAAAUUAUUUUCCAACCACAAUCCAGAGUGGCAUAAGCAAGAGCACAUGUCUAUCUGUAUUAGAUACACAAAAGAUUUUGAAAUUCUUGAACGUUUUCUGGGCUUUGUAAAUGUAUCACAGAGCCAAACUGCUGCUUCAUUAUUAAGUUUUAUUUUAUCUUUCUUGAAAGAAUUAAACUUAGAUAAUAUUCCUAUCGUUGCUCAAUCCUAUGAUGGGGCCAGUGUGAUGUCUGGUUGUAGAGGAGGUGUGCGAACAUUACUUAAGAAUAAAAACGUUUUCAAUGCUUUAGAAGCAAUUUAUAUACAUUUUUCUAUGCCUACUAUGAAUAAAAAACUUCAAGAUAUGCAAGUCAAACUAAAAAUGAAUCUUGUAACAUUAUCAAGUAUUAGUGAUACACGUUGGGUGUGUAGGCAUAAAAAUUGUAAAGUUGUUAUUGAAAACUUCAAAUUAAUUGUAGAUGUUUUACAAGAAGAGGUAGAAGAAAAUAAUGAUCGAGAUGUAAGUCGAGCUAUUGGAAUAUUGGCUAUGAUGUUGAAAUGA